UGGACCUCGACUGAAAUGAUCACUAAAUAAGAUAUAUAGAUAUAUAUAGAUAUAUAUGUUUUAUCACCUCAGAAACGAACCAUCGGCAUCCAGUUUCUGGUGGAGACGCUCUUCCGUUUCUGUCCAUACUGUGUGAAGAAAGCAUGAACUUCUUUCACCCAACGUGCCGGAUCUCACCGUUACUCUAAGUGUUUGCCAUAAACAUGGGCGACUCCAACAUCAGCCACAUGGUGGCAGCGUACACAGAGAUGCAGGAGGGUCACCCAGCAGGAAAGUUGGAUCUUUACGUGGACAACUACGACAUGGACUACGGUAUCCCCCCCGAUGACAUCCCAGACACCACACAGGGCCAGGCUUUCUUUGUGGCCACCAUUGUUAUCGGCGUGGUCCUCGUCUCCAUCAUGCUCAUCUGCGGGCUGGGAAACUUCAUCUUCAUCGCCACGCUGACGCGCUACAAAAAGCUCCGCAACCUCACCAACCUGCUCAUCGCCAACCUGGCCAUCUCAGACAUCAUCGUGGCCGUGGUGUGCUGCCCGUUCCUGGUGGACUACUAUGUGGUGAAACAGCUCUCCUGGAGCCACGGACUGGUGCUGUGCGCCUCCAUCAACUACCUGCGGACCGUGUCGCUCUACGUGUCCACAAACGCUUUGCUCGCCAUUGCAAUUGACAGGUACAUGGCGAUAGUUCACCCUCUUCGUCCUCGUAUGAAGUACCAAACUGCGUACUGGCUGAUCACUGGAGUCUGGAUUGUCCCGAUACUGAUAUCCAUCCCAUCUGCCUACUUUGCCUCAGAGACGAUGUACCCUCAUGGCGGCAGCACCUCGACCACUCACAAAGUCUUCUGUGCCCAGAUUUGGCCCGUGGACCAGCAAGCCUACUAUCGCUCAUACUUCUUGGUUGUUUUCGCCGUGGAGUUUGUCGGGCCGGUGAUCGUCAUGGCGAUGUGUUACACCCAAAUCUCCCGAGAGCUCUGGUUCAAGAACGUGCCGGGGUUCCAGACGGAGCAGAUCAGGAAGCGGCUGCGCUGCCGCCGCAAGACGGUGAUGGUCCUGAUCGGGAUCUUGACCGCGUACAUCCUGUGCUGGGCACCAUAUUACGGCUACACCAUCCUGCGGGACUUCCACCCGACGCUGAUCUCUCGACAGAAGAACUCACUGGUGGCCUUCUACAUCAUCGAGUGCAUUGCCAUGAGCAACAGCAUGAUCAAUACCUUCUGUUUUGUCAGUGUCAAAAACAACACAGUGAAGCAUCUGAAGAAAAUUGUAUUGCUGCGCUGGAGGUCAACAUACGCCCCCAGUAAGACUGCGGAUGAGAUGGAUAUGAAGACGUCCAGCCUGCCCGUAACAGAGGAAACCGAAUGUAUUCACCUGAGGUGAAGGGAAGAAAAUGUGUAAUCAGUCGUUGAGAUUUUUUUUUAACUGUUGAUACGAAAAAAACUACAUAGCAGAAAAAAGAAAACCCUAAAGGCUCUUUCAGGCGACGUCUUGAUUACUGUGUAGAUAAGUGUUUCAGCACCUUAUCAGAACUAAUCUGAAUGAGGAUUUCUGCCAUGAGACCAAAGACCAUGUUAAACAGACACUGAAAGUAAGUGUUUACGGAGAUCAAAGAUCUUAGUGGCCCUUUCCCAAUGUGCACCCUCACUUAAUCCCAGUCUGUUUGUGUUGUGCCAUGUUGAGUAUUUUAUUGUCAUUUUCUAUAAAUUGGCACCUCUACUAAUGGAAUUACCCACAGCUCAUUGCGCAAGAGUCACAAAUCAAUCGCCAACCUGAGGAACUGUACAUUUGACACUACAAGACAAAAAGUCUUAAAGUUGGGGUUGGAGAUCCUGGAAAAACAGUUGAAGCAGGUCACAUUUUGAAUUCAAAAGUCCCAGCCCCUUCUUCAGACCUUCGAAGCUACGCCUCCAGAGCAUUGGAUCGCUCUGCAUCAGCCUUUUCUUGGCAGUAGCUCCCAAAAAAACGUCUUUUGUUUGCGAGCAACAGCUGUGGUUGGUACCUUUUCUGCCAUGACGUUGCUGCAACUCUCUUGUUGGAUUUAACAAGCUAGCAUAAGCUUUAAUGUAAUCAGAUGAAAGUAGCAACAUGCUAUUGAGUCAACUCAGCCAUUUUAAUAAUGUCAUUUAUAUUUGUCAAAUAUAUCCUCAUCCAAUCUCUGAUUCAACCGAAAGUAAACAUCAGAAAAAGUCCCACUUUCUGACUGAAUAACAAUAGAGUUGGCAGCAUUUUCAAACUUUUCUUCUUAUAAACACUGAGGAAAUGUAUGCAUUUUUUCUUUAAAAAUGGAGUAAUAUGAAUGUAGCCCAAGAGAGAAAGCAGUGCUCGGUUAAGUAAAUGAUCCAAGACUGAUCACCACCAUAGUGUUCUAACCACUGGCUUGAGAGUAGAUUGACAAAUGUUCACCUGCACCCAGUCAUUACGUGUCUUUUAUGUGCUCACUAUCAAGCCUGCCUAAAUGUGAAUGAUAAAUCGUCUAUACAACUCUCUCUGUAUAUGUAUAGAGCACAUUUCUAGUCUUGAUGACCACUCAAAGCUGAGCCGUCAGUAGGUUAAAUGGGGUUAAAUGUCUCGCCCAGGGACAGCUUGACAUGUGGCCAAAAGAAAUGGAAUUGAACAUUGAAGACGACCUGUUUUCCCCUCAGUCGCCCGUUUGCACAGAAACUGGUGGUCGUACAGUUGAGAGAGGGCCGUACGUUUGCGUGUGUACCGGUGUAACAUCAACGUUGUGGGUCUGUGGUACCGUCAGUGCUUCUGUGUGAAGUGAUUUGUUGUGCGUGUUGUGACAAAACAUCUGAUGUUUAAAUCAGAAACACAUUUAAAUCACAGUGCAAUACCAACGUGGUAAUAGCGUGGUGAUCAUUUCAUAAUACUGUGGUGUCAUUUCACAAUCUAAUUCCAGCUCUGUUGACAGGAGAGUAAAUAACAUUACACUAACUUUUUUAAUUUGUUUUAAUCAAACUUAAUUGAUGAUUUAUGAUUAUCUUGAAAUCAAACCCUCUCUUGUGUCGCCCACACAUCAUCAAGCUCUUAGUUGGUAACAUAUAAUAUAUAAUAUAAUUACUUUCCUGCUAAACUACAACAUACAAUUGCCGCAUUGCUGCUGUACUGCAAUGCAAAAGUGUUGCCGUUAAAUGUUUAUGUAUAUAAAACAUGAUGAUUACUGUAUAGCUGCUGCUGCUAUUGAUCUGUGGCGUUCUGUAUUUUUCUGUUAUGUUGGAAAAACAAUU